AUGGCUCCACACAUGAGUGUGCUUUUGAAGCCCUUUCCCCUCUCCUAUACCCAGGCCAGUUUCAUUCUGACACCAGCACUGUGGGAAAGGGACAAGGCUUCAGGACAAGAGAUCCAUAAACACGAGUGAAGAAGACUGUAAGGACAUCAGCACAGCGUGAUAGCAGAAGAACUUUGACACUCAACCAAUCCUAUAGAAACAAACCAAGGACUUUAGUUUACAUAUUUGGAGUAUUGACAUUUUUUCAGGGACUUGUUUAUAGCACAGGAGAAAAAGAGUGGGAUUCCAGCCAUGAAGUUGAGUGUGGCAUUGUUUUUUGCUGGGCUCUUUGGUGCCUUGGCAGCAGUCUUCAUCCUCCUGUCCUUUGGUACAGAUUACUGGCUUUUGGCUUCAGAGACUUGCAAAACGGUUUCUACAGAGAGAGGUGAAUUGGUGGUGAAUGAUACUGCAGAUGCUGGAAACACUUCUGUGUUUUACCAUGAGGGCUUUUUCUGGCGCUGCUCUUUUGGAGGCAGAGUGGAAGAGGACAGCAUGUUGAAGUUCUGGUUUACAAAUCAGCCACACUCCAAAGUCUGCAUCCAUGCCUACCUGUUCCCUUUCCCACUAUCUGAAAAGACCCACAAUGCAACUACCUAUGAUUCUGCUAUUAUCUACAGAGGUUUCUGGAGUGUCUUUGUGUUACUGGGCGUGACUGCAGUCAUACUGGGUGGCUUUAUCAUUAUUUGUGCUGCUCCAUUUGCAAGUUACUGCCUCUACAAGGCAGGUGGUGGACUCUUCCUCAUAUCUGGUUUCUUCCUCCUUGCUGCCACUAUGAUGUUUGUGAUCUGGGUGGAGGUGAUGGAUGUGGUGGGAUCGUAUGUGAUUUACCAAAAGGCUCAUCUUUGUUCAGGCUUUCAGCUGAAUAUCAUCUAUGGCCUCUCAUUCAUGUUUGCUCCAGUGGGCGUGUUCUUCUGCCUGCUGUCCGGCCUGCUCUUCCUCCUGAUUGGUCGGUCAGUGCAGAUGCAUUGCCGCUAAAAACAUAAUGACACAGACACAGGCCAGAUAAAUGAUAUGUUUUUAUGUCCAUAGGUAUGACUUUAUGAUAACGAGAAUGUGCUGUUAAGCUGAAAGGAAAGACCUGGACUGCGUUGCAUCAGUUUUGCAUAAGUUUAUACUUAGUCUGAGCAUAAAAUCUUUAGUCCUCAAUUAACACUAGUUCAUUUCAGCCUAUCCUUUUACUAAAUUUGGUUACACCAAAAAUCCUUACACCGCUCCUAGUAACUAACUAAAGUGUAUGUUGCUUUAACAUGACGACAACACAUUCAGAACCAACAAGCAAACCUGCUGCCAUGGAAACGAACAGCUGCUAUGACUUUUUCCAUGAAAAAAAAAAGAUGUGUACAAGUUAAACUGAAUAAAACAACGAUCUAAAUCAUCAAUUUACCUUAUCUAGUGUCCUAUCUAAUUUGUGUGGUGCAACUAGUUUUGAUUUAGUAACACAUAAGCCUUAACUUGUGUUAAAACUAGCCUAUGUUUGAACUUAUGCAGCUGGUGCAACCAGCCAUUGAUCUUAUUUUUGCAGUAAAGGGCUGAUGGGAUGCUUCUAUUAUAUUUAGUGAGGGUUAGGGAUAAAGGGAUGGAAGGAUGAAGGGAAAUGUAUUUGUGAAGUAUUUGUGAGGAAAACAGGCAAGAGUUGUUUGUGCAACCACUCAAGUGGCUCAGUCUAUGAGCUGAGUACUGUUAUGUUAUUACAUUUUGAGACUAAGUGACUGAAUGAAGAAUGAUUUGGGAUCACAGUGUGUGUGUGUGUUUGUGUGUGUGCCCUCAUAUGUAUGUUUGAAUUCAUGUAAUAUAUUUGUUAUCUUUCUUUUAUCAGUGUGCCUUAUUAUGAGGUCUAUAUUACAAAACAAGUAAUUUGCGUAUUCACAUACAUUUAUUAGUAUGAGCAAUGCCGGACUAAUCUUCAUGAGUGAUUUUUAUUGUAGAAAAAAUGUUUUUGCAGAUUUAACAUGAAUCAUUUAUUGUCGUGCAUGUACCUCUUCACAAAAUGUUAUUUUAUACCAGCUUUGAAUGGUUAUGAUACGUAUUAAAUGACUUGUGUGUCAUAAACAUAACAUAUUAUUUACAUGUUCUUAGUUUUCUUACGUACUGCAAGUUCUCAUGAAUGACUGUAGCUUUUCAAAACGUGCUUACAAUUAGUCUCUACUUUGUAAAUAUUAAUCUUGCUUUAAAAAGUGAUGUUUUAAAUUUUAAUUAAUAAACUAUGAAAUAAAAA